GCCAGGGUGAACACGUUAGUCAGUAUCGAAUGUGAAUUCAGUUUGCGUGAACGUUUUCCUUCUCAAUCUUUCAUAAUUAAGUUGAUAAAGUCUAGACAUUACAAACGAAAAAUAGGUGUAAUUAUAAAGCAAAUAUAGCUUGCCAGGUUUUUUAGUUUCGAAUAAUUCGCUACGUUACCCAAAUUAUUCCGAUUUCAAGGAUUAAGUGAUAGUUCGAGUCUUUUUACGUGCGGUCUCAUGACUCAUACCACGAAAAAUCACCUGAAGUCUUACGAACCUGAGGAUUGUGUUGAUUUUUUCAGACGGUGCUGCGAAGCUCGAGGCAUCAGCACAAAAUUCUUCAGAUAAGGAGAAUACUUCUGGAAAUAUCGCAGAGGUCAAGGAAAAUGGACACCAGUAUCGGUUGACGAAACAAAAGGGAUUCGUAGAGAAGGCUUUAUUUUUUGAAUUUUUUUCUGUGGAGAGGGUUUUGAAAGCUGAUGUUCACGGAGAAAGGAUACUCUCUCGAUACAAGACUACAAAAGAGUUCUUUCAUGCUGAGUCUGCACGCACCAAGAUUGCUGAAAUCGUAGUAAAAGCUAGUGUAAAGGAGUUACUAAAGUUAGACAAAGAAUGCUUGGAACUUUUAGCACGAAAGGUCAUCGAGAUAUUUACUACUGAGGUUCUGGAGAUUUAUUACAUUCCUCCAGUUUCUGGGAACAGCAAGCUGGGAAUAAAAUCUAAAGGGCCCAUGGGAAAAAUCCCCAAUGCAUAUCGCAAUUUGCAAGCAAAAUUGACGAAGCUAGAAAAGGGCCACACAGGCCGAAAACCGGAAGCAUCUGCAGUUAGUACCCAUGAGGUCUCAGAACAGAAACAGUGGAUGCAGGAAAAUUCUGAACCCUGGGAUUCAGUUGUCACAAUUUGGGAUGCACUGUAUGAAGAACGCGCAGCACAUGCACUGAACGCAAAGAAUGACAUUAAUAAUUUCAUCAACGAAUGGCCGAUUCUGAAGCUUAACAGAGGACACGAACUAAUCCUGAGAGAUUUUCCUGCUCCAGAGCUUCAGUUGACUCGUGAGAAAUGGGAAUUAUUCAUCAGUGGAAUCCAGGCAGUUCGUCCCAUUAAAACUCGUGACCAGAUGGUAAAAAAUUGGAUCGAGCUAUUGGAUCACCCUAACACCAAUGAGAACAGUCGAACAGCACUCCAAAUUCAUCUACUUGCUCAAAACGUCCAUCCAAAAAAGAAAAUUAAUAAAAAUUGGAAGCCUUCAAUCCCCGAUUGCCAGGACAGCAUUUUAGUUUCAACGCAGAGCGUACAGACUAUUGAUGAGGCAGUUGAAGCCAGAGGCAUCAUUGCAAAAACUCGCAGAACGCUUGUUAAGCCGUUCAUUCUCGUGAUUGGUAGUACCAUCGCAUCUGUAACUCAUGUCUAUGCCUGUCUUGGAGGAGUAAAAUACGAAGUGCCAACUGUGCUGCAAGCUCUAGAUAUUGUCUUCAAAGCUUUCACCCUCUCCAAGAUAGACUUCCCUGCAGAAAGCCAGACUAUUUGGAGCUUAAUCAAGAAAGCCGUUUAUGACAUCUCAAUUGAACCAGAUUCAAUUGUGGCUGAGAUUUGCACGAAUCUGGAUAUACAUCACGCUGCAAGUGUUGUAGCAGAAAGGUCACCGGAUGCUGAUGCAUAGGCCU